AUGAGCACAAGAAUUACAAGGUCGGAAGCGCGCAGGAGGGUGGUGGGCCUACAGGGACCCAGCCCGGGGCAAGGAUGGUCGGCCUACCCGAGCUCCGCGGCGGGCACUGAAGCGGACCCAUGCCGAGGACUCCGCACCGGAACCCGCGAGGGAGUGGCGGCUCCGGAGGGCAGCGGCCGGCAACCGUAUACCGCGCGGGCCGAUGGACGUCGAGGGAGCGACUACCGGGGCCCGCGGCACGGCAGGAGGAGCGGAACUCCCGAGGGGCCGGUCUGCCGGGCCACCGAGGAGAAUCGGAAGAAUUUCCGGGACCGGGAGCCGUCGGAUGAGGAGCAGCAGCGGAUGACGGAGGAGGAGGCGCGGUGGCAGGCCAAGCUGCGCCAGGCGACGCUAGGACCACGAGGAGGCGGCGGCGCGAUGGCAUGCCAGUCUGCACGAGGCGGAACAGGAAGAGCAACGGUUGUGGGAGGAUCCGGUGGAGGACGUGUGGGAGGUCCACUCACAGCAGAUACGCGACCGAGGAGCCCAGUCCGGGCCGCGGUGGCUGCCGGAGGUGCCACCCACUCCCCGCUACGAGGAGAAGUGGUUUACCCGGAAGGGCGACGGAGGCGUUCCGGUGGAUACGCCGCCGUGGAGGCCGGGCCGGCAACUUACGCCACGGUAUGUCGAGCCAGAGCGACCGAUCCCGCAACCCGACCGCGCAGCCGCAACCGCACACCAGGCGCAGGCGGAGGAACCGACGGUGGUGCUGACAGAGGUGCCGGCAGACCACGUGAGCCCACCAACACCGGCGACGACAAUCCCGACGGGGGAAGCGGAUGCACUGGAGAAGGGACCCUGGGUGUGGCCUGA